AAUUAAUACAAACAAUAUAUAUCUAUUGUUUUUAUGAUGAAAUUGUGUCUAGAAUAAUAUUCGACCCCCUUAGAUUCCAUUUACCGCGAAGUUGUUUGAAAAUGGCUGCUUCCACAGGGGCAGAAGUUCGAAAUGGCCUUGACAGUGAUCGAUCCCCACAUUCUUCACGCGGGAAAGGUGACCAUAGCAAGAAGAUGGAAUUGAUAAAAGAAAUACUUCAGCUUAAUACAAAAAUAAAAAAUAUGGAAAGAGAAAAGUCUACACAUCUGUACAGCAAAAGAAGUGACUUUAGAAAAGACUUCAGCAACCUAGAAGAUGCGGAUAUGAAGUUCACUAAUGAACACGCCAGUGAGAAAGUGAAAUUGAAGCAACAGCUAAAUAAGAUAAGAAGCAUGGUGAAGAAAUUUCACCAUGAGCUGCAAGAUGUAAAACCAACACCAGAAUUUGUAGAAAAAUUGAAAAUAAUAAUGGAGGACAUAGAGAAAACAAUCAGUGCAUUUAAAGAAGAACAAAGAAUACACUAUGAGGAGCUCAUGCGUGAGGAGAAAGCUACUACUCAAGAAAUUCAAGCUUUGGAGAAAAGAUUUGAGGCCUGGUCCCAAGCUGGACCUGUUAAUCUGGACACACCAAGAUCUGCACGACCCAAACCCCUAGCCAGUGCCAGGGAUGUUACCAAAGAUUUGCCUCCUGAAGUGGCAGCUUUUGAAAGAUUUCUGCAGCAAACAGGAGGUCACAGGGGAGGCUGGGAUGAAUAUGAUCACCAGACAUUCAUGAAGUUUAGAAAUAAGCACAAGGGUAAGCCUCUUUUUAUUCGUGAACUUUACCCAGCACUACCAACAAAGACAGAGCAGCAAGUGAGAGAACAUGAAAACUGGUAUCAAGAAUAUUCUUCAUUAAAUGAAAAGAAGAAAGAUGCUAUUCAGUCAUGGAGAAUCAAGAAGGAACAUGAGAAAAAGGAAGUACUGGCACAGGCUGAGGAAGAGAGUGAGAGUGAAGAAGAUGAAAGGAUGUUAAAACUUCAAGAAAAAAUAGAGAAAGAGAAAGAAGAUAGAUUUAAAAAGCUUAAUGCCUGGAAGGUUCAAAAGGAGUUGGAAAGGGUACAAGAAGAGGAAAGAAAACUAAGAGAAGAUCUUUCAAAAAAAGCUGAGGAGGAUAGAGAAAAGGAACGUCAGGAAAAAUUACGAGCAAUGGUGCAGGAGUAUAAGCAACAAAAGAAUGAAGUGGAUGAUUUUUUGAAACUGGAAGAGAUGGCUGAAAGAGAAGCAGAGGCAGAAGCUAAGAGAAAACAAUUAGCAAAGGAAUUACCAAGAUUGAAACAGAGAAAUCAAAAAUUUCUCGAAGAAAAAUUGGCAAGGGAGAAGGCAAAAGAAGAGGCUGAUAAAAAGAAGAAGGAAAGACUGGAAAGAAUAAAAAGCCAAGUCAAAGUAGAUGUAAAGCGUGAUCCCUCUCGGUUACUUAAACCCACCGCAGGCUGGAUGGAGAGGGAGAAAAACAAGGGGCCUAAUGGGGGCGGACAGGUGCUUAGUAUGCAACACAGGUACAGUCUCAUUAUGUUUUUCACAUAA